AUGGGAAGUGCCCGAUCUUGCAGAGGUAGUUUUCGUAAGUACUGGUCCAGAGUUCAUUUCCAUCAGUCUAUUUCUUCUUAUCAUUAUAGGUUACCUCCUCUAUCUCCUGAAGAAAUGCUAGUGGCACAUGUUGUUGCUUCUACUUCUGCUCAUGAGGCUCAAAUUCCUGCUGUGGUGGUUGCAUCGGAGGCUUGCUUAUCGGAGGGUGGCGAGCAGGAGGUUCUUACUCCUUUCUUCCGACUUCCUACUAUUCUUCAAUCACUGGUACCUAGCACCCCAGAGGAAUUUGUUGCUGCCAUGGCUUAUGAAGACCUGAAUUUUAUCGGGGGUUUCUCUUCAACUGACAGGAAGAGCCUUUUUGCAUAUACUUCUCGUACUUUUUUCAAGGUAGGAUCCCUUGUUUCUAUUGUAUUUGUUGGCUAUGAUGAUGUUCCGAGUUUUGGCGAGCUUUCAAGGGAAUGGAAUGAUCUAAGAGAGAGGUAUGAAGCCAUUGAGUGGGAAAAUUAUGAUGCUGAGAAGGAAAGGAUAAAGAAGUUGAAGGCUUCCCUUGCUGAUGGAGAGAAGCAUUGUAAGAAGGUUUAUAAAGAUGCAGCUGAAGCGUGUCUAGUGUUCGAAGCAGAUAGAAAAGCUCUUCAUCAUAGGAAGGAUGACCGAGCCAGUUCCUUCAAAGGUCUUGAGGAAGAAGAGGCUUUUACUCGGCAAAAAUCUAGGGAAUCCCUUGAAUGA